GAUAGAUAUGGCUGAGAGAUAUAUUCGUAAAGAAUCGUUAAUACCAGAAUACGUAGAAAUAAAAUGGCUGAAGUAUGAUGAUCAAUGCGAUGCAGCAUUAGCCUCGAUUUCAGCUUUUGAUGCUUAUACAAAUCAAUGUGUACAUUUUAUAAUUGGUCCUUCGUGCGAAUAUUGUGUUUCAUCUGUCAGUCGUAUCACAAAAUAUUUUUACAACGAUGGCAUGAAUGUCAUAACUGGAGGUGCAUUUACAUUUGAUUUUGAAGAACCAAAAACAACCUGCAAAGAUCAAUUUUAUAUGCUUAAUAGAGUUGGAAUUUUAAGCUUUGAAAAGAUUUCUAAAUUCACUACGACUCUCAUGCAAAAAUACAAUUGGACAAAAGCUGCUGUUCUCUAUGACCGCAAUGGAUAUUCAAGAGUUGGGGGAAUUCAAACUUGUCACUUAAUGAUGAGUUCCAUGGUAAAGAAUUUUCUAGAAACAUCGAUUGAAUAUGUACCAAAAAUUAUUGAUGGAUACGAAAACUCAGAAAAGGAGUCAGAAGAUUUACUACGUGAAAUAGGAAUGGCUUAUGGAGCUUUACAUAGCUACGAAAAUGAUUCAGUGAGAAGUUAUACAUUUCACGGCAGACGGAGAAAUCACUUUUCGAUCAAUGAAACUAAUCGCAUUCACUUAGCUGUUUUACUUCCGCGUGAACCGGUUGGUGAAAUGAGUGAACGUAGCACUCAGAUUUUGGCAACAACCCUACCUGUGAUUGAGCUUGCAAUUAAGGCUGUGAAAGAAAAAAAAAUUCUGGAAGGUUUCGAACUUAUUAUUCAUCAUCGCGAUACACGAUGUUCAUCAACUUACGGUCCUAUUGCUGCUUUUGAUCUGAUAUAUCUUCAAGAAGCGGAUGUUUUUCUUGGGCCAAUUUGUGAUUAUGUCUUAGCCCCUGUAGCACGUUAUGCAACUGUUUGGAACAGACCAGUAUUGACUACGGGUGGAUUAGCAGUAGCGUUUAAUAAUAAGCUGAAUUUUCCAACUUUGACUCGUAUGCUUAGCUACAGCGAAAUGACAAAUGCAAUAAAAAAAAUUGUCUCGUACUUUAAGUGGGAAGUUUUCGGAUUUUUCUUGUACAAUUUCAAUGAUGCUGGUAAGGGUCACAGUGAAUGUAGUCUCGUUUUGUCACCUUUUCACCGACAACUCAAUGGUUCGAGUGUACAUGAAACCUUCGAACAUCCCACUCCAUCUUUAAUUGAAGAAAAACUUCAACGAUUAAAACAAAAAUCAAGAAUUAUCAUUAUGUGUGCUAAUCCCAAAAGUAUUCGUGAAAUAAUGAUUGCGGCAGAAGGUUUAAACAUGAUAGACAAUGGCGAAUAUGUUUUCAUAAAUAUUGAAAUAUUUGGAAGUCUGUCGAAAGAAUCAGAACCCUGGAAGAAUGAAACUGACACUCCUGAGAGGAAUGAAAAGGCAAAAAAAGCAUACGAAGCACUUCUCACAAUUGCCACUAAAAAGCCUGAAGACGAAGAAUAUCAAAAGUUCUCUGAUGAGGUCAAAUUACUUGCUAAGGAGAAGUAUAAUUACACGUUUGAAGAGCAUGAACAAAUUAGUCAAUUUGUCUCUGCAUUUCACGACGCAGUCUUACUUUUCGCUAAAGCUCUGAAUGAAAGUUUCAAGGAGCUAGGAACACAAGCAUUAAUGCAGCCUUUGAAUGGAACUCGACUGACAGAGUUGAUGUGGGGAACAACCUUCAAAGGCAUCACUGGAAAUGUUUCUAUUGACAACAAUGGUGACCGCUUGUCUGAAUAUUCUUUGCUUGAUAUGAAUCCAAACAAUAGUAAGUUCGAGAUUGUCGCUAAUUACUUUCAUAGUACUCAAUUAACAUUUGUUGAUGGAAAGAAAAUCCAUUGGGCGGGAAAUAGACGUGAUCCACCUUUAGAUAGACCGGAAUGUGGAUUUGACAAUACACUCUGUCCAGAAAAUUCUUCAACGAUGUUUGCAAUAUUGUCACUCGUGCUAGGGUUUGUUGUCAUUAUCAUGGGAGUUGUUUCAUUUCUCAGUUACCGACAUUAUAAAUUAGAGGCCGAAAUAAGUUCUAUGACAUGGAAGGUGAACUGGAAUGAAGUUAUUCCUGUCCCCCUUGCUAACCAUAUUCGGAGCAGCAUUCAUUCGAGAUUAGGAUCACAGUUGUCGGUUUACUCGGACGAAUUUCAUGACAGGCAAAUAUUUGUACCAAUUGGAUGUUAUAAAGGAAACACAGUUGCGAUUAAAAGAAUAACAUCACAAAUAAACUUAACACGCUCACUUAUGAUGGAACUUAAAACUAUGAAGGAUAUUCAACAUGAUCAUCUUGUUAAGUUUUAUGGUGCAGUCAUAGAAGCUGUUCCGUGUUUGCUAACAGAAUAUUGUCCCAAAGGAUCUUUACAAGAUAUUUUGGAGAAUCAUGAAAUCACUCUCGAUUGGAUGUUCAAAUUAAGCUUGAUGCAUGACAUUGCAAAGGGAAUGCAAUAUCUUCAUACAACAGCUAUUGGGUCUCACGGACAACUGAAAUCAUCAAAUUGCGUUGUCGAUAGCCGAUUUGUGCUUAAAAUUACAGAUUAUGGUCUUCAUGAUUUAAGAAAAACAAAGGAAAUUGAAAACAAAGAAAGUCAUGAAUACUGGAAAAAAUUUUUAUGGACUGCACCGGAACUGUUGAGAUUACCUUCCAUUCCUGUGAAGGGUACUCAGAAAGGAGACGUUUAUAGCUUUGGAAUUAUUGUUCAAGAAAUUGUCAGUCGACAAGGAGUUUUCUAUUUGGGAGAGAAUGUUGGUGUCGAUAAAACUCCAAAAGAAAUAAUUCAUUUAGUAUGCAACAAUUCAAUUUACUCCAAUCAACCAUUCAGACCAAUUGUGGAGGAUAAUAAAGACACUUGUUGUGACAUCAACUCUCUGAUGAUUAAAUGUUGGAAUGAAGACCCUUACGAACGUCCCGAUUAUUCUUAUGUUAAAUCAGUUGUUAGAAAAAUCAACAAGGAAAAUGAGUCUGGAAAUAUUUUGGAUAAUUUACUAAAACGUAUGGAACAUUACGCUAAUAACUUAGAAGAAUUGGUGGAGGAAAGAACUCGAGAUUACUUUGAAGAGAAGAAGAAAUGUGAGGAACUUCUUUAUCAACUUCUUCCUGUCUCAAUCGCUAGUCAACUAAUAAAUGGGAAAUCUGUAAUGGCUGAGAUGUUUGAUCAAGUGACAAUUUACUUCUCGGAUAUCGUUGGAUUUACUGCGAUCUCUGCUGAAUCGACACCUAUGCAAGUUGUCGAUCUUUUAAACGAUCUUUAUACUUGUUUCGAUAAAAUUGUGGGAAAUUUUGACGUUUACAAAGUAGAAACCAUUGGUGACGCUUACAUGGUUGUUUCUGGAUUACCAGUUAGAAAUGGAGAUUUACAUGCUCGUGAAAUCGCUCGAAUGGCUUUGGCUUUACUUGCCAAAGUCCGUAAUUUUAAGAUCCAUCAUCGUCCCGAAGAGAAGCUGAGAUUGCGUAUUGGAAUGCAUUCAGGCUCAUGUUGUGCGGGUGUUGUUGGUCAAAAGAUGCCUCGGUAUUGUUUGUUUGGUGAUACAGUAAACACUGCAAGUCGUAUGGAAUCAAAUGGUGAAGCAUUAAAGAUUCACAUGAGUAGCACUACAAAGCAGAUUCUUGACAAAUUUGGAUCAUUUGAUGUGACAUUGAGAGGGUCGAUAGCAGUUAAAGGGAAAGGAGAAAUGAUGACGUAUUGGCUGAAUGGCGAAAAUGUUGAUACAAAAACCACUCUUGUGAAAUCGACAGACUUUAAGAGUUCAUUAAAAAGUGAUACACAUUACAAUGAAAGAGAUGAGAAGCCAUCGAAAGUUGUUGCUGUUGUCCCACCCCUCACUCCACAUGCAUCUUCAAGUUUAUUAAAGAAGAGUGUAAAAAUUAGUUCUAAUCUCUUAAAUACUUUUAAUAAUAGCCUGAAAAACUUAGAUCAUGAUUCGUUUAUCAACGGGAAAAAGUCAAAUUCUUUAAAUAACAAAGUGAAGCAAGUAAGUCUUAAUAAUAAUAAUAGUGAAAAUUUGCAGCCACUUUUAAGCUGAGAAGAGUUAAAUAAAUGUUUAUAGCAUCAUAAACGGUAGUUAGAUAAACUUCAACCUUUUGUAAAUUGUUUGUUUUUUUUUACAUUGCAUAAUUGCAAUCUUCAGUUAGAAUAUCUAUAAAAGAAAAACAUGUAUAUAAUUAAUUAAUUAUCAACAAAAUUAUUUCGCUUUUAUCAGGCAUUUUGAACAGACAUAAGACAAAAAUUAAAAUAAACAAAUCAUAUUGAUAAAUAUUUUUUAAAAGUCAUUUUACAAAGACCACGUU